AUGGAGUUGGACCAACUAGGUGCUACAAGUGACCCCGCUGCUCUUCUUGGUAUUAGUAUUACGUUAUUUGGUUCGCCCUACUCGGCGACCCUUCUCCACUAG